GGGAGUAGUGUUGUGUUAAGUGAUUCAGAAUUAAUGAAAUUUAAAAAUUGUUAUGAACAGGAAACAUUUUCGUUUAUAGUGUUUUAACUUCCACAUUCAAUUUUGUGGUAUUGACUGAAGACUCAUAAAAAUAUUAAUUGCCUUAAUAGAUUGAGUUCAUAAGCAUUUAUUUGAUUUUAUUUAUGGUUUGUGUACAUACAUGUGAUCGAUAAAAAUCGCGAAAUUUCUUCGAAAAAAGGAUCGUGAACGAUGAGACGGCCGUAACGAAGCUAAUUCAUCGCGACACGUAUCAAAUAAACAGGCAAAAUGGAGGAGCGGGAGAACACCGCGGACCAUGGGGUCCCCGACAUGACCAUGAUGCCGGAGAUCACAGAGCAAGCCAUCAACGACAACCUCAAGAAGAGAUACAUACACGACCUCGUUUACACAUACACAGGAUCUAUUCUAGUCGCAGUGAAUCCUUACAAGGAGCUAGGAUGUUACACAACGGAUCACAUGCAGGAGUACAGAGGCAAAGCCUUCGGCACCCUUCCACCACACGUAUUCGCGCUAGCCGAGUCAGCAUACAGCUCAUUACAGAAUGGAGAGAAGAACCAAUCGGUCGUAAUCUCCGGAGAGAGUGGAGCUGGCAAGACGGAGACUACCAAACUGAUCCUGCAGUACCUCUGCGCGGCUGGCGGACAGGCCUCCUGGGCCGAACAGCAGAUAUUGGAAGCUAAUACUGUGCUAGAAGCGUUUGGUAACGCUAAAACAGUUCGUAAUGAUAACUCCUCCCGUUUCGGUAAAUUCGUCGAAGUGCGGUUGGAUCACCGCGGUGGGAUAAAGGGCGCUGUGCUAAGAGACUUUUUACUGGAGAGGGCCAGGAUUACUGGCCCUGCGCCCAGGGAAACUAACUACCAUGUGUUUUAUCAGCUCGUAGAGGGUGCUAAGCACAACGCGGAACUUCGCAACACCCUCCGACUUCGAGAAGAUGUUCAGUACAAAUACUUACGGCCGGAGGACGGCGAGGCUCACAAGGGGCGAGGGGGGGAACAGGGCAAGCUGGAAGCUUUGCAACUAGCUCUGACCGUGCUGCAAGUACCUCCGCACAUGUGUGAGGGACUGUUUAAGGUGUUAGCUGCUAUAUUGUGGCUUGGGAAUAUACAGUUCCAGGAUGUAGACGGUGAGCGUUCAACCCUCGCGGGAGAGGAUACAGAGGCAGUGGAUGCGAUUGCCAAUCUAUUAGGAUUGCCACUGCCGACAGCUAAGAGGGUUCUAUUGGAAAGACAGAUCAACGUGCGAGGGAAUGUGACGGAUAUUCCUCUGCGAUUACCUGAGGCUCGCGAGAACCGUCACGCCAUGGCCCGCGCUUUAUACUCGCGCACGUUCGCGUGGCUGGUGCGUCACGUGAACUCGUGCUCGGCGCCGGGCCGCGCCGCGCGGGCGCUGGGCGUGCUCGACAUCUUCGGCUUCGAGAACUUCGCCACCAACUCGCUGGAACAGCUGUGUAUUAAUUAUGCUAAUGAGAAGCUUCAUAUGUUCUUCAAUAAUUAUGUCUUCGCUUUGGAGCAGGAUAUUUAUCGUCAAGAAGGCAUCGUGUACAAUCAGAUCCAAUUCACGGACAAUGCGGCUUGUCUUGAAUUACUAGAGAAGCCGCCUAGAAGCUUGCUCAAAUUACUCAGUGAACAGUGUCAUAUGCCAAAGGGAUCAGACGGCGCUUACCUAACAAACAUCCAAGGCGAGUUCGGCGAGCACCAAUCCUUCGUCAAAGGAUCCCGGCGCAAGUGGGAAGAGGAGUUCGGGGUACAACACUACGCCGGGACAGUCAGCUACAGUGUCCAGGGAUUCGUGGAUAAGAACCGGGAUACACAGCAAGACGCGUUUAUAGACCAUCUCAGUCGGUCUGCGAAUCCGUUUGUGAGGGAGCUAGCUGAUUAUGUACAGGAUUUGGCGCCGCCGGGACAUGACACAUCGCUAUCUAGCCCCAACUCGACAGGCACGACUCAGAGAGGCACGUCUAAGGGCCGGCCCACCGUUGUCGAUACUUUUAGAGCGCAGUUACAGUCGCUUGUCGAUAUGUUACAAGCUACCGAUGUGUGGUACGUCCGCUGCAUCAAGCCCAACGAGAACAAAGAAGCCGGCAAGUAUUCAGAACAACUAGUUCUGGAGCAGCUCAAAUACCUGGGCAUGAACGAGAUCGUGCGCAUACGCCGCGACGGCUACCCCAUACACCUGCCCGCGCCGCACUUCCAGGCCAGAUACCGAUGUCUACUGCCGCAUCCAAGACCGAAUAAUCCGGAAAUACAAGCUAUCACGGCGAUAGUAAAUGCACCCAAAGACGACUGGCAGAUUGGACACACGAAGAUAUUCAUGAGGAGCUCAGUACAUGCGCCGUUAGAAGCAAAAAGAAGUGCUCUGUUGCAGUCUUCUGCUCUGCUUAUUCAGAAGUGGUACAAAGGUUCAAUAAAACGCCGUCAAUACCUGACCUGGCGCAACGCAGCAGUAGUCCUCCAAGCGGCACUACGCGGCUGGAAGGAGCGCGCCGCCUUCCUGCGCCUGCGCCGCGCCGCGCUCGCGCUGCAGCGACACCUGCGCGGAGCCUUCGCCAGGGAGGUGGCGGCCGCGCUCAGGGAGAUGAAGAGGGUCAACCAGGAGAUCAAGCUGAGGGAGGAGAGGAACAGUCUCCAAGAAAAGGUGAACCAAGAACGUGCCGAACUAGAGAACAUGGCAGACCAGCUCCGUGGUCUCUCCUGUCCCACCAGCACUCGAGCGGAGUCGGUGAACCUGGACAAUCUGUUCGACUUCCUCGCUGAUGUUCCGACGCAGCGCGGUGCUCCGGACGGACAGCCCGACUCGCAUCAGCCUACUAUAGCGGAGAUUGGGGACUCCAUGGAGAGGCUGGCUGAUGAUCUGCAUCAAGAGUUGGAGCACGUCUUAGCAGCGGAAAUGAACGAGCUAAGCAAAUCACACACGGAAGCACAACGCAAGCCUGACGGGGCGCCUUCUGAGUCCAUUCCACCACCACCACCUUCAACCCUCGCCAUCCAACCAAUAGUACCACCCGCCCCGCCCCCACCAGCCUCUAUGACGUCAUCAUUCAAUGGCGUCAUGAGUACCUCGUUGACCAAUGGCAUGUCGCCGAUGUCCAACGGUGAUGCGAUGACGUCAUCGCUGAUAUUGCCUCCGCCUCCGCCCGUGGAGCCUCUCAUGGAGGAGUCGCCGGUGUUCCCCCCUCCCCCCACUACGUGUACCUUGCCUGAGCCUGCUGGACCACCGCCGCCGCCGCCUGCUGCUACCAAAGAUACAACCCCACCAGAGCUAACAAACGGUAUAAUUCCCAACGGCAAGCUAUCGGUGGUUAAAAGCAAAGAGCCGAUAUACGAAGCGGUGAUACCUCGGCCUGCGCCCGAACAGAAUAACGACCCCUCACCUCCGCCGCCACCACCUCCGCAAAUCACACCACCUGAAAAUAACGGGUUCAUCCACAAAGAAAUCGCCAUCGAACCGGAACCAGAUGCACCACUCCCACCGUUGCCUCCCAUGGACAAUGGAACCUCCCCACCACCUGUGCCCAUGGACACCUGCAUCAGUCCCCCACCGAUGAUGAAUGGUGACUCUACCAGCGUAGAUCGCAAUGCGCGUCGGAAAGAGAGAGUGGAACGUCGGCUUCAUCAAAUUGAGGUUCAAGCGACCAAUUUACCGCCAACUACACCACCCGCAGACGUACCUAAUGACUUGUCCGAGUUCGCCAAGUUAUACUUCAAUGAUCACCCGAGGUCGCCUGAAGGUACAAUAAUGGCAACGUUGACCCGCAAGAGCAAAUCAAUGGAACUCCUUACCAAGGAAGAGAUGAUCACGUACCACAAAGGGAACAACAUUCCGACGUCACACAUACAACUACAUGAUCCCGACAGUGUCACUGCCGCUGUCAAUAUAUUUAGAGAUCUAUGUCGCUACAUGCGCGGUGAACUGACUGCUGACAAAGAGACACAAGUGAUACAGUCUGUCAUCGGCAAGGGUAUUGAACGUGAAGAGUUGAGAGAUGAAAUACUCGUGCAAUGCGUUAGACAGAUAACGGAGUGCCCAGUAGAAGAAUGGGCAGAACGCGUGUGGCUGGUCCUCUGCCUCUGCGCCGUCGCGUGGCAGCCCAGCCGGGGCCUCGCGCGCUACUACAGCGCGUGGCUGCGGGCCCGCGCCCGCGUGCUGGCCCCGCCCGCCGACCCCGCCUCCCCGGGGGGCGUGGCCAGGGAAGCUCACUGUGCCCAGUGGUGUCUGGAUAAUUGUCGCGGUGCUGCGCCUAGACAGCUGCCACCUAGCACCGUGGAGAUUGCUGCGAUGCGUCGUCUCGGCACCAUAGUCUGCCGCUUCUUCUUCCUCGACGGGCGUACUAAGGCCAUCGACGUGCACCCUGCGGACACGGCAGCCGCCGCGGCCGCCCGCCUGGCGGACAAGCUGGGGCUAUCGCCGCACUCUCGCGCCGGCUGGGCGGUGUACCAGCAGCGGGCGGGAAGUGAAGAGCACGUGCGGGCCACGCAUUAUUUGUAUGAUGUCAUCGCUGCUUGGGAGAUGCAACAAGGUCCCGGCGGUGGGUCUGCGGACAACCGCUUCGUGUUCAAGCGGCGUUUAUUCCGUGGAGGACGUGAGCUGCCCCACGACCCUGUGGAAGUCGCUCUGCUGUACGCACAGGCUGUGCAUAGUGUCGUCAAGAUGGACGAGUUCCCAGUAUCAGAGAAGGUGGCGCUGCAACUAGCGGGGCUGCAAGCACAGGUGUCACUAGGGGAGCCGCCGCCGAGCCCGCCGCCGCCGCACACUCGCGCCUACUAUGCGCAGCCCGAGCAAUUCCUGCCGCAGCGUAUUGCGAGAGCUAGGCCGGCGCAUCAGUGGGCGACGAUCCUUGCGCAAGCACACCGUCAGUACGGCGCAGGUCGUGCUGAACUGACGGCCAAGGCGCUGUACCUGUCCUGCGUCAUGCAGUACCCGCUGUACGGAGUCACGCUCUUCCCGGUCACAUACAAGGGAUAUUGGGCGCAUGGUCCCAACGUCUUAUUAGGCGUGGGUUCAGAAGGCGUGGUACUAGUCCGGCCUACAGACAAGGUGGUGCUCGCCGAGUACCCGUACAGCAACAUCGCCGCUCUACUCAUGGACCCCGUGGACAACGGCCUCACCAUCAGCCUCACUCACCAUGGACAACACGACGGACACCGGUAUGUUGUUACUGAAGAAUCGGACGGGGGACAACGAUGCAUCGUCCUGGAAUCUCCACAAAAGAACGAAGCGGCGUGGCUCAUGGCUGCCUACAGUCCGGUCUUAGCUAAUGGGCUAGCAGAUGAGCCCCCGCGUCGUGCAGCCCCGACAUCGGAGCGCUCACGCUUGGCCGCUGCGCUGAAGAGCGCAAGACGAGCUCUGGUCGACUCGGGCAUGCUCAGGAGGCCUACAGAAGCUUCCGCUGGGAACUUCUUGAGGAAUACACUGCGACGGUUAAGCAAACACCGUUUGGAGAAGAUGCGCCUGGACAUAGCUGCCGAGAGCCAGGGCGAGAGCUACAAGAACUUCCCGGCCGGCUACUGGUGCUGGUCGCGCACGCUGCCGCACAGCCUCACCAAGCUCAACGAGGCCGAGGAGGUCGCCGCCAUGCAGAUCUUCAAGGACAUAAUGAGCCACGCAGGCCUAAGCGCGAACCCUGAGGGCAGCAGCACAAACUUGGCGAACAACAACAGCGGCACACAAGAGGCCGACAGCGACGACCGCGUGGCGCUGGCGCAGGCGCUGCUGCAGCGCUGUCUGCAGAAGGACACGCUGCUGUGCGAGUUGUACAUGCAGCUCAUCAAACAGACGACGGAGCACCCGGAGCCGUCGUCGCGCGUGUCGGCGCGGCACUGGGCGCUGCUGUGCGCGGCGGUGGGGGCUGCGCUGCCGCCCGCCAAGCCGCUGCGCCGUCUGCUGCUCGCGCACCUGCGCUACCGCGGCACCGCGCUGCACGCCGGCGAGGAGGGCAAGUUCGCGCGACGAGCUGAACAGGUGGCACUAAGCAUAGCUCAAGUGCCGCGUCGCCUGGGCGCUCCAUCCAAAGAGGAAGUGCUCUGCGCGGCCGCACGACGUCCCAUGCACGUUCGAGUGUUGCUAUUGGACGGCAAACAGCACGGACUGGUGUUCGGACCCGCCGCUACGGCAGACCAUCUCGUCGCUAUGCUGCGGGAGAAGAUUGGACUCAGUGAUGCUGCUACAGGUUACGCUCUGUACGAGGUGUGCGCGAACUCGACGCCGGCGGGCGCGGGCGAGCGCGCGCUGGCGGGCAGCGAGCGCGUCGGCGAUGUGCUCGCCAGAUGGGAGAAAGCGGGAGCCACCGCCGCUGCUUGCAGGCUGGUGUUCAAGAAGCGUUUAUUCCUGGGCGAGCGGCCGCUGCAGACGUCGUGCGCGGCCGAGAUGGAGCUGCUGUACUACCAGGUGCUGCACUCCGUGCGACACGACCGACUGCCCAUCGAGACUGACGAGGCUGUGAUGCUAGCAGCCCUGCACGCUCAAGUAGUGAAGGGCGAGUGCGCGGGCGGCGGCGAGGAGUGCGCGGCGGCCGCCAGCGCCGUGCUGCCGCCGCGGCUGGCGCAGCCCGCGCUGCCGGCGCCCGCCGUGCGCUUGCACCACCUGGCGCUGCGCGGGACGCCGCCCGCCGCCGCCAUGCAGAGGGCGCUCACGCUCGCCUCAUCCUGGCCGCUCACCAGGGCUACCAUAUUUGAUGUCAUGCAAUCGUUCACAUCGAACUGGCCGCGUGCACUGUGGCUGGCGGUGGACGCGCGCGGGCUGACGCUGCUGCGGCGCGGGUCCCGCGCGGCGCUGGUGUCGCACGACCACGACCAGCUGCUCGCCGUGUCGCCCGCGCCGCGCGCGCUGCUGCUCGUCACGCGCGCCGAGCGCAAGCACGCCAAGCUCGUGCUCUCUACUGAACAGGCGUACCAGAUCGCGACGCUGAUCAAGGACUACAUCGAGGCAGUGCGCGGGCCGGUGUCGCCCGCGGUGCCGGUGGCCGGCGACGCGCCGCCCGCCGCCUCGUGACACCCGGCCGCCUAGUGCCAGUGCUUCCACGUCAGGCGCUGAGCGACUCGCCAGCACGCUCCGGACCUUCGACGGCGACCGAACCACACGCGACACGUGAUUCGACAACAUCGAUCUCGACUAUAACCAUCUCGAACUUCAAAAAUUCAAUCGAUUCAACAAUCUAAAGUACUUAAAAUUUCGAUUGUAAAACACAAGUUCGAGACGUUCAAAUUAUGUAUUUAAUUCGAGUCUUCCACUCAACUUUGAGUUCAACCUAAUAAUCACGCUACUGUCGUAGCUAAUUUUAAUCAAUGAUGGUACUGCUCCAAAGACGCGUUAAAUAGUAGUCUGUCCUAGACGAUAGUUACGUGCCCUUGGAGUGAGAAUCUCGCUCGAACAAGGUAAGGAAUGCCGGUCACAGGAGGUGGAUGUUGAGUGAUCAGGUAAUGGAUGUGAAUGCGGAAGGCAUUAGCUCAAGUGUCACAAGCGCGGCGGCAACGCACGCGCGUGUUUAUUUACUUUACAUUACAAUUUAGUUAAAUGUCAUAGUGAAUGAAUAAGCGUUUACUACAUAACAGGUCUGAUCUAGUGGUGUUCGGUUUUGAGUGACAGUAAGGACGAUUUCAGUUGCAGGAAAGACGGGGAAGCAAAAACUAAAUUAAUCCACAUACAUUCAUAGUCAAUAAAUAAAUCAAUUUUAACCACUAUCAUUAUAAUAGUUGUUAUAUUCCGAUCUAUAAAUUCUUCAAAGUAAAAUUAUUGCCAGUAUUAUUACUGUUAAAGUGUUAGACUAAAUGUUGCAGUUAGGCGUAUUGAACGUUGAUGUUAAGAUUUAUCCGGUAGAUAGUAAUGAAUCUUAUUCCCCUGUAGUCUUUGAUCAUGUUACAUCUUGGUGUAUUGACAUUUUUCAACUAUAAGUGUUUGAUGUGAACCCUGAACUAGGUAAAAAAAAUGUCGAUACAUAAGGCCAAGCCAACCCACUGUAAGUCAUUCUAUUGAUGUAUUCUAAUAUAUCGUUGUUGUAGAUGAUACUAUACGUAAUAAUGACUAGGUGAUGAUACAGUCGACUGAAGUAACACCACAAGAAGUGUUAUGUGACAGAAUUAUUGUUCCAUUGCAAAUAGGGAUAUAAUAUAUAGCAAGUGAUGUUGACUGUAUUCACGUAUGCACUUAAAUGUUGAUAUUCUUACUUCACUGGACUGUACCACCACCAAUAUAAUACCUGCUAGCGUUUCAGAUUCCUACUGUAAUGUAUCCUACCUUACUCGCUCCAAAUCUUCCCAGUAGAUAUCAAUUCUAUAUAAAAUUAUAUACUUUGUUUAGUCUGCCUGUAAUGCAUAUUUUAUCCUGAACACUUAUUUUGUGCCUUGUAUAAAGCUGACAUAAUGAUGCUGAUUAGCAGCCUGCGAAUCUCUAUAAAUUGUAUUUAACAAUUGAAAUAAUGAGUUAUACCAUGUUAUAGCUAUCAGCAUACAUUAUUAAGCGCAUUAAAUUCAGUGAGCGAUUUGUGCAAAUUUAUUGUGACUACAAAAUAAUUACUGAUUGUUUCAAAUUAUAACUUCUAUCGCAUAUUACACUAUAUUGCACAAUGUUAUGUCUCAAUAUUUUAUUAUAAUAAAAAAAUAUAUUUGGUAUAGUAGAGCUAAUUGGAUGUAAGAAAUUUUCUUUGUUACUAACACUAGGUUAUGUAGACGGUACGGAUUCUCUUCCUUUAUAGAGAAGGUUAGAAUUGUAUGCAGAACAUUUCGACUAUUGUUGGGCAUGAUCACUGUUGCAAAAAGUAUAGACAAUAACCAAGAGACUGCCAAACGGUAUAAUAGGAUCAUCCAAUGAUGAAUAGUUGACUGCUUUCAAUUAAAAAAUAUAAAGGAAUAGAAUCGAUAGCGCCUUAGUUUGAGCAAAGAUAUUCCAUAUGUAAAUAGACAUAAUUACUCAAUAUCAAUGUCUUUACCUCGUUCUUGUAUAAUUACAAUAGACAAACGUGUUAAUUUUAGACUUUUUUGGUGCUUAGAUAUCCAGAAGUUGCUUAGCUUGUGUUUCUGAUCUCAUAUUUGAGUAUUAUUUAUUUAGAUGCCAUAUUUUGAUUUACGAGCAAUAUUUGAUUAGGUUCUAUUUAUUUUUAAUUAUGUAUUUUGAUAACUUGUAUAUAAUUGGUAAACCAAAGACUUCGGAUCGUCCCUUUGGAUAUUUUUUAUCUUUUAUGAAUUCUGAUUAGACAUUUGUAAAUAAUUAUAGACAUAGCAUACUCAUUGACGUGAAAUUCUCGUAAUAUCAUAGAGGCUGAAAUUAUAUUAAAUUAUUGGAACAUUUGGCAUUCGGUAUGUUUUGGCUUCUGACUUAUAUAAGUCGACUAUUUAAUAUUAUUAAUUAAAUACUAACACUUGGAUGUAUUCAACACGAUUUAUCAAUUCGACACACGUGAUUAGGACAGCAUAGACCGACUUUUGAAUAUUUUCCGAAACAAAAAAAUAAUUUUGGACAAAUAUUGCAAUAUUCUUCUACAUAGAAUUUAAAAACUACUAAAACUAUUGAAGUUAUCGGUAGGAACAGUAAUUUGCCAUCUUUGUUGUGCUAAUCAUGUGUGACUACUAACAUUGAGCACUAAUCUAACACAAUAUUUCAAAUUGUAAUUGUUUCUAGUAGAAGUAAGUUUUAACAUAAUAUAGGAUAAUGAAUGUCAGUGAAACAUCGACAAGCACACAGAACUACGUGUUUCAUCGUGUACCACCACACAUACUGCCCAAAUAGACUGAAGGUGUCCAAAUAUUUUAUCAUUUUUGAUGGAUUGUUUUUGUUACAUUGUGUAUGGAAUUUUACCCUAUUAUUUGAAUGCCAAAUAAAUGAUUACAAAGUG